CUGCGCAUGCUCUGAAGUAGCCCGCCUGAGCGUUCCGCUAGGCAGGCUCCCCGGCCGGGUCGCGCGCGCGGUCACGGGGCUCGCUCCCGAGGGGCAGGUCGGGGCUGGGAGCAGGCGCCGGGGUUGGGGUGGCGGCGGCGGCCUGGGCCGCGAGGUCGACGCCCGCUGCUGCAGUGGCAGAGGCUGAAGGACCCGCCGCGGCGCUGUCGCCGGAGAGAGAGGGCCCCGCUGCGGUCGGUGAAACCAGCCCAGAGAAGUUAUGGGAUUUGCCCCCGGGUCUCCUGCCCAGCAAGCCAGCACCAUGACCCAGGUGUGGGGGAUGAUGGUGACGCCUCUGACUCACAUGUGAAGAUUAGAAGAGACCACGUGUUGUGACGUAUCACCUCACACAGAGGACUCUCUUCCCUGAAGGCCAGGCCCAGGCCGGAGCAGGUCUGUUGAACCACAUGGGUCUUGGAAGCCCUUUAAACAGAAGUGGGAAGUGUUCGCCGGAGGACCGUGCUCUCUCCUGUUACCUCCUGUGACUCGGGACCGAACUGCUGGACUCCAGGUUCCUUGCUGGGGGCUGAGCGUGGCCUGAGGGACAGGCCCUGGGUCCUGGGAUGCCCCUGCCCGAGCCCAGCGAGCAGGAGGGCGACAGCGUGAAGGCCGGCCAGGAGCCAUCCCCCGAGCCAGCCACGGACGUCGUCCCGGCUGCCCCCAGGAAGCCCAGAGAGUUCCCCAAACUGGUCCUGCUCACAGCCUCCAACCAAGAUGAAGAUGGGGUGGGAUCCAAGCCCCAGGAAGUGCACUGCGUCCUGUCCCUGGAGAUGGCUGGCCCCGCUACCCUCGCCAGCACCUUGCAGAUCCUGCCAGUUGAGGAGCAGGGAGGGGUGGUCCAGCCAGCCCUGCAGAUGCCUGAACAGAAGUGCAGCAAGCUGGACACAGCAGCCCCUCGGUCCCUGGAGUUCCUGAGGACACCAUUCGGGGGCCGCCUCCUGGUGCUGGAGUCCUUCCUGUACAAGCAGGAGAAGGCUGUGGGGGACAAGGUGUACUGGAAGUGCCGCCAGCAUGCUGAGCUGGGCUGCCGGGGCCGGGCCAUCACCCGAGGCCUGCGGGCUACAGUGAUGCGGGGCCACUGCCAUGCACCCGAUGAGCAAGGCCUGGAGGCCCGGCGCCAGAGGGAGAAGCUGCCCAGCAAGGCCCUGCCAGAGGGCUGCGGAGAGCGCAAGGGUCCUGAGGGCCCUGGAGGCCGAGUGGAGGAGCCACUGGAGGGGGUGGGCCCGUGGCAGUGCCCUGAGGAGCCAGAGCCAGAGCCAGAGCCCACUCCUGGGCUAGGGCUGAGCAAGCCAGCCCCGGAGGAGGAGGGACCCCGAGCCCUGUCACUGCUGAGCCUGCCGCCCAAGAAGCGCUCGAUCCUGGGGCUGGGACAGGCCCGGCCCCUCGAGUUCCUGAGGACGUGCUAUGGGGGCAGCUUCCUGGUACACGAGUCGUUCCUCUACAAGCGGGAGAAGGCUGUCGGGGACAAGGUGUAUUGGACCUGCCGGGACCACGCGCUGCACAGCUGCCGGAGCCGGGCCAUCACCCAGGGACAGCGGGUGACCGUGAUGCGUGGGCACUGCCACCAGCCCGAUAUGGAGGGCCUGGAAGCCCGGCGGCAGCAGGAGAAGGCCAUGGAGACGCUGCAGGCUGGGCAGGACGGCCCUGGGAGCCAAGUGGACACGCUGCUCCCAGGCGUGGAUAGUCUGCUGUACCGCAGGGGUCCGGGUCCCCUGACUCUCACCAGGCCUCAGCCCAGAAAGCGAGCAAAGGUCGAAGACCAGGAGCUGCCAACCCAGCCCAAGGCCCUGGAAGGAUCCCCAGACGAGGACCAGGACGUGGAUGCAGACCCUGGAGGCCCUGAGUUCCUGAAGACGCCCCUGGGGGGCAGCUUCCUGGUGUAUGAAUCUUUUCUCUACCGACGGGAGAAGGCAGCCGGGGAGAAGGUGUAUUGGACCUGCCGGGACCAGGCCCGCAUGGGCUGCCGCAGCCGCGCCAUCACCCAGGGGCGACGGGUGACUGUGAUGCGUGGUCACUGCCACCCGCCCGACCUGGGGGGCCUGGAGGCCCUGAGACAGCGGGAGAAACGCCCUAACACGGCGCAGCGGGGGAGCCCAGGAGGCCCCGAGUUCCUGAAGACGCCCCUGGGGGGCAGCUUCCUGGUGUACGAGUCCUUCCUCUACCGGCGGGAGAAGGCGGCCGGGGAGAAGGUGUAUUGGACCUGCCGGGACCAGGCCCGCAUGGGCUGCCGCAGCCGCGCCAUCACCCAGGGCCGGCGGGUCAUGGUCAUGCGCAGGCACUGCCACCCACCUGACCUGGGCGGCCUGGAGGCCCUGCGGCAGCGGGAGCACUUCCCCAACCUGGCGCAUUGGGACAGCCCAGAUCCUCUCCGGCCCCUGGAGUUCCUGAGGACUUCCCUGGGGGGCAGGUUCCUGGUGCACGAGUCCUUCCUCUACAGGAAGGAGAAGGCGGCUGGGGAGAAGGUGUACUGGAUGUGCCGGGACCAGGCUCGGCUGGGCUGCCGCAGCCGCGCCAUCACCCAGGGUCAGCGCAUCAUGGUCAUGCGCAGCCACUGCCACCAGCCUGACCUGGCGGGCCUGGAGGCCUUGAGGCAACGGGAGCGGCUCCCCGCCACAGCCCAGCAGGAGGACCCAGAAAAGAUUCAAGUUCAGCUGUGCUUCAAGACGUGUACUCCUGAAAGCCGGCCGAUUUAUGGGGACAUCAAAGACGUCAGACUGGAUGGCGAGUCCCAGUGAGGCGAUGUGGGCAGAGGAGCUCUGAGCCGCCCACCCGAGGUGGCUUCACGUCCACACAGGCACUUCCCAUCCACUUAGAUUUGCUUGGCAGAAACUUCUUUUCAUUCUUCCAAAGCGUCGAUGGUGUUCGCGUCUCCCAGGAGGAAUUCUUGGAUGGUGUCCUUGUGUCGGUGGAGAACAGUGCUCAGAGCUGGCGCUUGCAGACGCACCUGUCGUGGGGCAGGGCGGUCGCGCCUUCCUGACUUUUGGAAGACGUGACGAAAGUGCCUGGACACGGACGCCCCUGCUGUCCGGCCACAGCACCCCUGGGUUUGCAGAGCACGCAGCCUUCCCAGGGCUUUCCGCCUGGCGAGGCCCCGCUCUGUUCAGCACGGUGCAAAGUGAAUGCCCCUGUCUUGGAGCCUGGGCACAUUUGGGGAAGUUCCUGCUUCAAACUGAGCUGCCCCGCAUAGGCCAGGUCAAGCCACACCAAUCUUUUCUGGACAGGUGCUGGGUAGGCCUUCCUGGUCUCUGGCCGCCUGCUGCCAGGGUGCGGCCAUCCCCAGCAACCCGAGCUGGCCAAACCAGAGGCCUCGCUCCGCGCUCCACACUUUCCCUUCUGUGCUCCUUCCAAGUUAAACUAAACCCCCUCUCCACGAUUCCCACGGCAGGCGUCAUUCCCGAGAUGGGAGCCAGCCCAGGGGUCACCAGGAGCCCAUGCUGGGCACACGUGCCCUGCCUGAGGCCAGCGGCAUCCUGGGUGGCCCAGGUCCAUCCUGGGCAGCAGAGGCAUGUCCCCUUCUGUCAGAAAGCUUCACAGAGUGUGGCUUCGCCAGUCAGAGGGAGCAGUCCGGAGAGGCAAGGUGACCCCACCGGGACUACAGAGCCUCCUGCUUACUAACAAGGACCCGUCCUCAGCCGCGAGGUCCUUCACUCCCACCCUGUAAUUGUGGGGGGAGUGCCAGCGACAGGCCUGUCCCCUGGCAAGUUGGCCACGGAGCCCACCAUCCACUGCAAGGCUGUGACAGCCCGGGCACCCCUGCUUCUCCUCUGCUUGUACGGUUCCCCCAAUAAAUCCUAUUUUCCAUCUCACUGUGUGGAGCUGGUACUUGUUCACAUCCCCCUUGCAGCAAGAGUUGGCCACCGUGAAGCCACACUCCAUCAUGUCUCCAUGCGAGUGCCCAGGAAGAGACCCUUCCCCAUGCCUGGGCAGUUACGGUCACCUGGCCCAGAUAUAACCUGGACCAAGAGUAGACGGAGACACCUGGAGUUGGGGCCUCUGGAAGGGCUGCUGAGGGGCCGGCUGCAGCCUGUGGCCUCUCCCAGGCCCGGAUAUGGCAGGACGUUUGCGUCAUGUCGCUGGAAGAGGCAGGAUGCUCUCUGUUCUGGCCAUCAGCCUGCGUUACCCCUGGACUCAUUUCCAUAAGCCUGGGCAAGUGGCACCCCUGGGCCAAAGGCAGACGUGCCCACCCGUCCAUCCUUUGCCUAUGGCAGAGGACACACAACACGGUGGCUGCGCUUCGGGCGGUGUUCUCGGCCCUGAAGCGUCCUGCCCCGAGGCUGACCAAGAUGCCCCCAGCUGGACUCACGGCCAAGGCCACAGAGCCAGUACUCCCAUCCCAACUCCCACCGUGUGGUACAGACGUGCCCGCCCCCGGGAGGCAGCCAUGCCCGAGGAAGGCACCCACUGAAAGAUGGUCUAGUUCGUGUCGCCACCAGCCGGACCUCUGGUCUGGCUCCCUGCAGAGGGGGAAGCUCCACACGCGCCCAAGAUACGAGAGAAACGCCCAGGUCACGGCAGCCUGAGUCACUGCAGCCUCUGCCACCUGCCAAGCCUGCGCCCUCUGCACCACUGGACUCCUUGCCUCUGUGAUGGGGCCUCCGCGGCCAGCGUCUUCCCGCCAUGGUCACAUGAUGCCACGCCCUGUCACCUCGGCUGGGCUCUGGGCACCCCUAAGCGGGUAUGAGGCGAAUCAGAGGCAGGAUAUCGGCUUCUCUUCCGUUUUGGACAUUUGUGUCAUUGACCGGGUCUGGCCCACUCUUCCUCUGCCUCACGCCUGCUCUGACCGUAGAGGACAGGUGGCAGCCCGCAUUGCUGGGCGGAGACUCCCCAAUGGAUGUGAAUUUGGAUGACGCUGUUGUCUUGGGUGGCUUCACGGCCACCAACCCGCACCCUGGUGGCCGCUCAGCCAUGACAAAGGCCUGAGAGCCACUAAGUGAGCUUCAGAGCCUUCCCCUUGGAAAGUUCCAGGGCCACCAGAUGUCCCCUGCACAGUCACUGUCACAGAGUUAAAGCGUGUGGGUGAACGCUGGCCGCGGAGUGUGCAGCCCAGCAGUGGCUCAGCAGGGCAGCUCCUGCUUCCAGCCCCGGCUCUGCUGGUGCUUCGCCCACAAACCCUGCUGUAUGACAUUUGCACCACGUGUUGUGUGUCUGUGCCCUUUGACGUGACAGUGCCAACAACACCUCAUGAAAUUUAAAAUUCCCAAGGCAUCA